CCCACGGCCAAUCUCUUCUGUAUUCAGCAUGAGAGAAAAGCAAAACACCAAGAGAGAAGACCAGCAGAAAGGGAAAAGCUUUUAAGGCUCAGUGUAAUAAAACACUCCUCUCUCACCGCCAGCCUGCUCUGUAUUCAGCAUGUAUUCAGUCAGAGCUAAGAAAAAGAAGUGAGAAGCAGUGAUGCAACGUUUCAAACGCCAGCUGCUCUAAAUGACUAACCAGGAAUAAUGUCCCAGUUUUACAACACGUACUGUAAAGAAAAUGGCAUCGAGGUGAACACACACCUCUUAGAGGUUUUAGAGGACGCUAAGGGAACAGAGAACGUCACAUUAGAGGCGACAGGGGUCCGCCAUUUAGAAUGUGUGCAGAGACUCAACGACGUCGACCUCUUUGCACUCUGCAAGUGUCUGCAGAGUGCACUGAGAGUAACGGAGCUGGACCUGAAGUACAACAACAUCACCGAUCAAGGAGCCCUGUAUCUGGCUGAACUCCUGCAGCAGGAGAACCCACCUCUGCGCUCUCUGGACCUGAUGUUCAACGACAUCCUGGCAGACGGCGGUGAGGUGAUCAGCAGGAGUCUACACUCAAACCGCAGCCUGCUCUAUCUCAGCCUCUCAGGGAACAAGAUUGGGAACAGAGGAGGGAUGCAGGUGGCCCGGAUGCUGCAGGCCAACAACACCCUGCAGGAGUUGGACGUGGCCGACUGCGACCUGGCCACUCAGUGCGUCAUAGCCAUCAUCAUUGCCGUGAAGAACAGUAAGACCAUUCGCUGUGUUGACCUCAGCCGACCUCUGCUCUUCAGCCAACAGGAGGAGUGGGCGGUCCACUGUUGCGACAUGCUGGCCGUCAACAGCAGUCUGGUGGAGCUCCACCUGGGGAAGAUGGGCAUGUCUGACACCGGGAUGCAGAGGAUUACCGAAGGCCUCAGGCGGAACCACACCCUGCGCUAUUUGGACGUGCGGUGCAACCGCAUUACACGCGACGGCGUGCGCCACCUUGCUAAUGUGCUGAUGGAGAACCCGAGCCUAGAAGUCAUAGACUUGUCAUCCAAUCGAAUCGAAAAUGAGGGUACCAUGUACCUGAGUGAAGCCAUUGCCAAGUCGGGCUCCAGCCUGAAGGAGCUGGCUAUCAACAGGAACAAUGUCAACACCAGUGGCCUGCUCGCUCUCUCCCAGGCAAUAAAAGCAAAUACAACACUCACACACAUCUACGUUUGGGGAAACUUCAUGGCGGAGCCAGUGUGCAAGGCCUUCAAAGAUCUGCUUACCAAUGGACGCCUGCUGUCACAGAAUACGGACCUGACUGCGUAUGAGGUGGACGGCCGGGUGUUUCUCGCUGAGGUCAACCACUAUUUGAGGAAACGUUACAACAGGACAGAUGGUUCUGAUACGGACAGCAACUCCAGCUGACAGAGGCAAACAUCAGACUAAUUAACUUUAAAACUAAAUUUCAAAAUACACUAAAAAGAUGUGAGCCGGAGAAAUAAUACUGUUUCUAAUGUGGAGAAACGUCUGCAUUAUUCCAUAUGUUCAUUUUUACCCUAAGUCCUGUUUCAGUGGACUGUUCAUGGGGGGGUGUCUGCACAAUGUCACCAACUGCUGAUUGAAAUUAACACAACCGACCACACUCUGAGUGUUUGGUAAUGAUCAUGACAGAUGUAAACGCAUUUCAACAUUUAAGAAUUUCGCUACUGUUUAAUAUCCUUGUUACUAAAGCUAAGGCUAAGUUCACUACCGCAGAACGUGAAUGCUGCGUUUGUAUCUGUCAUGACGAGUGCCAAACACUUGUAGAGUGCAGUAGAUGGUGCUGGCCAGUAGACGGCGAUAUUCUGCAAGAAAUAAAAUAAAAGGUGGAAACAGCUUAUUUGGUCGAUAUUUAAAAAUGCAAAUAUAGGUGUGUUUGAUUGUGUCAAAAAUUAUAAUCACAAUUAUAUUGGUUUAUAUUGAAAUGACAAAUAUUCAAAACAAUUAUUCAUUGGUUUAAGGGAUUUUCUCAUGUUGAACUUUAAAAUGUAUUGUACAAAAACAUUAAAAUAAAGUGACAAUAUAAA